ACGGAAGGACCUUUGUGACCAAGGAUGUGGUUGUCAUGGAAACUCUUGCUGUUUCUGUCACUCACUGGCUGUCUUUCAGAAUAUUCAGAAGCUGUUCCUGGUCUCCCCACAUCAUAUGCUGCUAUCCUAAGAAUCAAAUCUGGUAGUUCAUCUUUAGCCUCAUUUAAUUCAAAGAACAGACCACGAUUAAGCAGUCCUUCAUUAGGAAGUGUAUCUUCACCAGGCUGGAGAGGAGCUGCACAACAUUAUCACUCCCCAACAAACCUCUACCACUUUUCAGAGACCUUCAAACAUGAUGAAAGUGUUGAUUAUGGGCCAGUGUUUGUACAAGAGCCAGAUGAUAUGAUUUUUCCAACUGAUUCUGAGGAAAAGAAAGUGUCUCUGAAUUGUCAAGCACGUGGAAAUCCUACUCCCACAUACAGAUGGCUUCGAAAUGGAACUGAAAUUGACAUUGAAAGUGAUUAUCGCUUCAGUUUAAUAGAAGGAAGCUUGAUCAUCAGCAACCCAAGUGAAAUGAAAGAUUCUGGACAGUAUCAAUGUUUAACUACCAACAUAUUUGGCAGUAUUUUAAGCAGAGAGGCUGUUCUUCAGUUUGCAUAUCUGGGAAAUUUUAGCGGUCGGACAAGAAGUGCUGUAUCUGUACGUGAAGGUCAAGGAGUUGUUCUGAUGUGCUCCCCUCCACUUCAUUCUCCAGAGAUCAUCUAUAGCUGGGUAUUUAAUGAAUUCCCAUCUUUUGUGGCAGAAGACAGCAGGCGCUUCAUCUCUCAGGAGACAGGCAAUCUCUACAUAUCCAAGGUGCAAACAUCCGAUGUUGGCAGCUACAUAUGCCUGGUAAAAAACACAGUGACAAACGCCAGAGUUUUGAGUCCUCCUACGCCUCUGACACUGAGAAACGAUGGUGUGAUGGGGGAAUAUGAACCAAAAAUUGAAGUCCACUUUCCUUACACAGUUACAGCUGCAAGGGGAACUACUGUUAGGAUGGAGUGUUUUGCACUUGGAAACCCUGUUCCAACAAUCUCUUGGAGGAAAGUUAAUGGUCAUAAUCCAAGUAAAGCUCGCCUGAGAAAAUCCCAAGCUGUGCUUGAAAUACCUAAUGUGCAGCUAGAGGACUCAGGGAUGUAUGAAUGUAAGGCUGAAAACUCUCGUGGAAGAAAUGUCUUCAGAGGACAGCUACAAGUAUACACCUACCCACACUGGGUGGAGAAACUUAACGAUACACAAUUAGACAGUGGAGAUCAGCUCCGAUGGGAAUGCAAAGCCACUGGAAAGCCAAGGCCCACAUAUCGCUGGCUGAAAAAUGGAGCUCCUCUCUGGACACAGAGCAGGCUUGAGAUGAUGAAUGGUGUUCUGAUGAUCCACAGUGUGAACGUCUCGGAUGCUGGAAUGUAUCAGUGCUUAGCAGAAAAUAAGUAUGGUACAAUUUAUGCCAGUGCUGAGCUGAAGGUUUUAGCUUCAGCUCCCACUUUCCCACUCAACCAAAUGAGGAAAACAAUAAUUGUUACCAAGGGCCAAGAAGUUGUCAUUGAGUGCAAGCCACAAGCCUCUCCAAAGCCAACUAUCACUUGGAAGAAAGGCGACAAAGUGUUAAGGGAGAAUAAGAGGAUAACUAUUCUUCCACAUGGGAGUCUGAGAAUCCUGAAUGCUUCCAAGUCUGAUGAAGGGCGGUAUUUAUGCCAAGGUGUAAAUGUAUUUGGAUCUGCAGAAAUCAUUGCAUCAGUGUCUGUUAAAGAACCUACAAGAAUAGAGCUGACUCCCAAGAAGAUCGAGUUAACAGUUGGAGAGAGCAUCGUCCUCAGUUGCAAAGCCCUGCAUGACAGCACAAUGGAUGUCACCUUCUCCUGGACACUCAAUGGGCAGCCAAUUGACUUUGAGAAAGAAGGUGGACACUUUGAAAGCAUCAAGGCACAAGCGUCCUCUGCAGAUUUAAUGAUCAGGAACAUCCUGCUGAUGCACGCUGGGAGAUACGGCUGCAGGGUCCAGACAGCAGCGGACACCGUGUCAGAUGAGACAGAGCUGCUUGUGAGGGGUCCUCCUGGUCCCCCAGGGGUUGUAAUAGUGGAGGAAAUAACAGACACAACAGCAACACUCUCCUGGAGUCCUGGGGCAGACAAUCACAGCCCUAUCUCCCUCUACAACCUGCAAGCACGCAGUCCAUUUUCUCUUGGCUGGCAGACCGUAAAAACAGUUCCAGAUCUGAUAAGUGGUGACAUGGAGUCUGCUAUGGCUGUGGAACUGAACCCUUGGGUGGAGUAUGAGUUCAGAGUAGUAGCAACCAAUAAAAUUGGAACUGGAGACCCAAGUGCACCAUCACGAGUGAUCAGAACCAAUGAAGCAGUGCCAAAGACACCUCCAGCUAAUGUAAGUGGCAGAAGUGGAAGGCGACAUGAAUUAGUAAUAGCAUGGGAGCCAGUGUCAGAAGAGUUUCAGAGUGGAGAAGGAUUUGGAUAUAUUGUAGCCUUCAGACCCAAUGGAACGCGUGGGUGGAAGGAAAAAAUGGUGACAUCUUCAGAUGCCUCAAAAUUCAUCUACAGAGAUGAAAGUGUGCCACCUCUGACUCCUUUUGAGGUGAAAGUUGGUGUUUACAACAACAAAGGAGAUGGUCCUUUCAGCCCCAUUGUGGUCAUCUGCUCAGCUGAAGGAGAACCCACUGCUGCUCCCAUCGAUGUCAAAGCUACGAGUUUGUCUGUAUCAGAGAUUCUUGUUGCGUGGAAACAUAUUAAAGAAAGUCUAGGAAGACCACAGGGAUUCGAGGUUGGUUACUGGAAGGACAUGCAGCAGGAAGAAGCAGCAGAAAAGGUCAAAACAGAGGGAAAUGAGUCAUCCAUCCUCCUGACAGGAUUAGAAGGAAACACAUUAUAUCACCUAACAGUGAGGGCAUACAAUGCUGCAGGGUAUGGACCACCUAGCACUGCUGUGCAUGCAGCAACCAAGAAAUCCCCUCCCAGCCAAGCACCAGGCAAUAUUAUGUGGAUACAGGAUGGCUCACAUGUGUCUCUUGGGUGGGAGCCAGUCAGACCUCUAGCUAAUGAAUCUGAUGUAAUGGGUUACAAGGUGUUAUUUCGGCAAGAGGGCCAGAGCAAUAGCCAGGUUAUAGAAACACAGAAAACAUCAGCAGUGGUACUUCUUCCUGAUGUUGGGGUCUACAUCAUUGAGGUCUGUGCAGUCAGUGAAGGAGGGGAUGGGACUGCAAGUCCCCAGAUCAGAGUUCCAUCUUUUUCAGGAGGAAAAGUAACAAGUGCUCAGUCCACCUUACAUGUGUUGUCUACUUCAUCAUCCUCUGUAACAUUGCUUUUGGCACUGAUGGUACCUUCGACCUCAUGGUGA